CUCAAUUAAUAUUUAGACAUGGCGCGCCUUACUAAGAUCCCGCAAGUGUUAAAUUUUUUCAUAUAUUUUUGUAUAUUAUUAUGUUCUUUUACCAAAUUAGCAAGUGCAAAUGUUGAAUUAGAUGAAGACAACUGGAGACAGAUCCUCGAAGGGGAAUGGAUGGUUGAAUUCUAUGCUCCCUGGUGUCCAGCGUGUAAUGCCCUCGCUCCAGCAUGGAAGGAGCUCUCAUCUCAAGCCAAGGCAAGGAACCUUGAGAUGAACACAGCAGCGGUGGAUGUCACCAAGUCACCCGGUCUUAGCGGGAGAUUUGUUGUCACCGCUCUCCCGACUAUCUUCCAUGUUAAGGAAGGCGUAUUCCGUCAAUACAAAGGGCCUAGAGACGCUCUGUCUAUGGUGUCGUACGUGGAGCGCGCGGGCUGGCGGCAGACGGAGCCCGAGCCCUCGUGGAGGGCCCCGCAUUCAUUCCAAAUGGGUCUCGUAGCGCACUUCUUCAAACUCAGCCAGGGAUUACGGGGUGUUCACAACACUCUGAUGGAGACAUAUGGCCUGCCUACUUGGGGGUCCUAUCUGAUAUUUGCUAUCGCUACCAUCUUCAUCGGAGCCCUGUUAGGAUUGAUGUUGGUGUGUGUCAUUGACCUGCUGUAUCCCCCGAGGAGGUCGGACAAGGAACUGGUCACCGAGAAAGAGGUGGAGAGGAGGAAACAGUUAGAGAAAAAAGUCUUGGAGGACGAACAGGAGUUGAUCAACGAUGACAUUGUUGACGAUGCCGAGAUUAAAGACAGUGAUGCUGAGAGGAACUCGCCUGCUGAUACGUCUGAAGACGACAAAGACCGGCCAGGUGCUGGAGACGAGAAGGUGACGAAAGAGGUGCGGCGAAGGAAGAUCAGGAAAGAUUAGGAGGUUCCCGCGACCGCUGGCAGGGACAUACAUACAUACAUGCUCAAAUAACAACAACAGCUCUAACGGAGACCUGAACAGUCAUUAUACAGAGAUUAAAUAACACUAUUAAUAAAAAAUAUAUGUCAAUGUAUGUCGGUCCUACUGUUACAAUAUAUCACAAACUAAUAAUCUAGAGUCUAGACCGGAAAAAAAGACUAGAUUUUUAUUUAAAAAAAAAAAUACGUAAUCCUAUAAAAGUAUGGACGAUUGAUCCAAUCGGUUCAAACUAACUCACUAGUAACUAACCGCACUCGGCUUCGACUGUUACUUAACUGUAAUAUAUAUAUUAGUUAUAAUUUUUUUCAUUUCAGUUGUGAAAAUGUCAAGUGCGAAAAUGAAGUUAACUUUGUCUGUAGUUGACGGCAUUCCUUUGAAGGGUUUUUGAAUAUUGCUUAUGUAACAGACAGCUCGUAUUGAAAAAAAUAUUAAUAUAUAUAUAUAAUUUUUUCAAUAUGUCCUGUCUGUCGGAAUGUACAGACCUGUAUUUGAAUGUGUCCCACGCGCCCAGCUGGAGGGGGGCGCAACGCUUGUAUUGUCUUACUCACACGUUAGCUCGCUAAUAAAAUAUUUAAAUUA